AUGCGUUCCAUAACUCCGUUGCACUCGUCCACGCUAACGCCGAUGCACCUGCGCAAAGCGAAGCUCAUGUUCUUCUGGGUGCGGUACCCGAGUUCGGCGGUCCUCAAGAUGUACUUCCCCGACAUCAAGUUCAACAAGAACAACACGGCGCAGCUCGUCAAAUGGUUCUCGAAUUUCCGCCCGCCGAUAAGGGGCACCUACCAUAAGCCGCGUGCUCCUAUGAUAAGCGAUUCCCCAUCUUUCGCUAUCUGCGUAUUUGUCGUGGCCCAUUCCGAACACUCGAUACGCCCGCGCCGCGAUAGCCGCAGCUAUCGCCGAUUGGAGAAUACACCCCCGUCAGCAUCUCUGAAAGGAUACCCCGCUGGAGGGGCGAGGGCCGGCCUUUCGGGGGCGGGCGGCGGGCAAUUACAGGCGGAGGCGUCCGCGCACCUGAAUAAU